GCAUUAAUUACGUACGUUCAUGUUCUUCAAUUUGUGAAUUUUACGUAAGAUAAAAGUGUUAUGGAUUUGUUUAUAAUAGAUUUUAUUUCAUUUUUGAAUAUAUGUUAAAGAGUAUGAAUAUGAUUAUUGAAGACGAUUAAAAGGAAGAAUAUGAAAUCAAUGGGAAUGCAUGAAUAUAAUGAUAGUGUUAAUGAUAAGAAUCCAAAUUCGGUAUCGAAUUUCAAGAUAUCAGAACCAUUAAGGAACGCAUUGGAGAUGAAGGGGAUUGAAUCUUUGUUUCCUAUUCAAGCUCGUACGUUCGAAUUAAUAUAUGACGGUCAUGAUUUGAUUGGAAAGGCUAAAACUGGCCAGGGUAAAACAUUAGCAUUCAUUUUGCCGAUACUAGAGUCCCUAACAAAUGGACCUGAGAAAGCAUCACGGAGGAGUGGUUACGGUCGAGCACCAACAAUUCUUGUGCUUCUACCUACAAGGGAAUUAGCAAAGCAGGUAUUUUCUGACUUUAAAUACUAUGGUGAUGCGGUGGGAUUGACAUCGUGUUGUUUGUAUGGUGGAGGUGGAGCGUCAAUUUCUCCUCAAACAGCACAACUGAAAAAAGGGGUGGAUAUAGUUGUGGGGGCCGUCGGUCGUGUUAAGGAUCACAUAGAGAGAGGAAAUCUUGAUUUCAGUUCUCUGAAGUUCCGCAUUCUUGAUGAAGCUGAUGAAAUGUUGAGGCAGGGAUUUGUUGAAGACGUGGAGUAUAUUCUAGGCAAGGUCAAUGAUGCAAGCAAAGUUCAAACUGUUUUGUUUAGUGCAACUUUACCAGCUUGGGUAAACCAUAUUGCUUCACAGUUUCUGAAAGCGAACAAAAAGACUGUAGAUCUUGUUGGUGUGGAGGUAAUGAAGGCCAAUGAAAACGUGAGACAUAUAAUCAUGCCUUGCUCUAGUUCAGCAAGAUACCAAGUUCUUCCUGAUAUAAUUCGCCAUCAUAACAGUGGAGGACGAACCAUUAUUUUUACAGAAACAAAAGAUUAUUGUUCUGAACUUGCUGGAGUGUUGCCCGGAGCACGACCAUUGCAUGGGGAUAUACAGCAGACUCAACGCGAGGCAACACUUGCAGGGUUUCGAUUGGGGAAGUUCCUGAUACUAGUUGCCACAAAUGUGGCUGCACGUGGACUGGAUAUAAACGAUGUUCAGUUGAUUAUCCAGUGUGAACCACCACGUGAUGUUGAUGACUAUAUUCAUCGAUCAGGAAGGACAGGAAGAGCAGGAAAUUCUGGUAUUGCCAUUACACUUUAUGAGCCAAGGAGAGCAAAUAUUUCUAAGUUAGAGAGAGAAGCUGGUGUAAAAUUCGAACACGUGUCAGCUCCUCAACCAUCCGAUAUCGCCAAAGCUGCUGGUGUGGAUGCUGCAGAAGCUAUACUUCAAAUCACGGAUAGUGUGAUCCCCGUCUUUAAGUCAGCUGCUGAAGAUCUCUUGAACACUUCUGGUCUCUCACCUGUAGAACUGCUCGCUAAGGCGCUUGCCAAGAGCAUUGGUUAUACACAGAUCAAGCAAAGAUCAUUACUAACUUCCAUGGAAAAUUAUGUGACAGUACUUCUCGAGGCUGGAAGACCCAUUUACACGCCUUCUUUUGCUUAUGGUGUCUUGAGGAGGUUCUUACCUGAAGAGAAGGUUGAGUCCGUUAGAGGUCUUGCAUUGACUGCUGAUCAAAAAUGUGCUGUUUUUGAUGUUGCUGUUGAUGAUUUGGACACAUUCCUUGCAGGGCAGCAAAAUGCCGGUGGUAUAAGGUUAGAGGUGGUGAAAGCAUUGCCACCAUUGCAGGAAAAAGAACAGUCAAGGGGGCGAUAUGGAGACAGCCAUGUUGGAUAUGGUAACAGAAGAGGCGGUUCUGGUAGUGGCAAUGUUGGUGGGUUCUCACGAGGUGGACGAGUUGGUCUAUCAGAUGGUCGUAAUGACAGGUUUCUUAGAGGUUCUAGCGGCGGAGGUAGAGGCCGAGGGGCCUAUAGAAAAUGGUAAAGCUCCACCGAACAGAUAUUUAGCUGUAGUUUUUCUGGUGGCCACAACCCAUCCAAGUUAUGUAAUCAAAUUGUUGCCAAGAGCCCAAUUGAAUUUUGAGAUGAAAUAGGAACUUAUGAUUUAGAAAA